GGGGCCUGGGAAACUCCGGGCCUCGGGGCGGGCGCGUUUGUGGCGCCCGGAGGCCGUGGCCAUGGUGGCGCUCGCGGUGUACUUGGUAGCGGCGGUUGUCCUCGUCGGCCUUAUCUUCUUCCUAACUCGCAGCCGGCGCCGGGCGGCAGCAGCCGGUCAAGAGUCACCGCAUCGUGAGGCAGAGCCAGUAGAGGCAGGCCGGGCGCCCCAGUCUCGGCCUCUGGAGCCGGAGGAGCACAGACCUGGAGGCAGGCCCCGGCGCCGAAGGGACCUGGGCAGCCGGCUGCAGGCCCAGCGUCGAGCUCAGCGGGCAGCCUGGGCAGAAGUGGAUGAGGUCGAGGAGGACGGUGCCAUUCCUGCCCAGGAAGAAGAAGGUGUUGAGAAGCCAGUGGAAGCGCAUGUGUCUGGGAAAAUUGGAGCCAAGAAAUUACGGAAGCUAGAGGAGAAACAAGCGCGCAAAGCCCAGCGCGAGGCAGAGGAGGCUGAGCGGGAGGAGCGGAAGCGCCUCGAGUCCCAGCGCGAGGCAGAGUGGAAGAAGGAGGAAGAGCGGCUUCGCCUGGAGGAGGAGCAGAAGGAGGAGGAGGAGAGGAAGGCCCGGGAGGAGCAGGCGCAGCGGGAGCAUGAGGAGUACCUGAAACUGAAGGAGAGCUUCGUGGUGGAGGAGGAGGGCGUGGGCGAGACCAUGACUGAGGAGCAGUCCCACAGCUUCCUGACAGAAUUCAUCAACUACAUUAAGCAGUCCAAGGUUGUGCUCCUGGAAGAUCUGGCUUCCCAGGUGGGCCUGCGGACCCAGGACACCAUAAAUCGUAUCCAGGACUUGCUGGCUGAGGGGACUCUAACAGGUGUGAUUGACGACAGGGGCAAGUUCAUCUACAUCACCCCCGAGGAGCUGGCUGCUGUGGCCAACUUCAUCCGACAGCGAGGCCGGGUGUCCAUCACCGAGCUUGCCCAGGCCAGCAACUCCCUCAUCGCGUGGGGCCGGGAGUCCCCUGCCCAAGCCCCAGCCUGACCCUAGCUCUUCCCUCUUGGACUUGGACUUGGAGCUGGUAUGGCCAGCCCUCCCCACCAGCCUGUGGCAGGGAUGGAGUGUGGCCAGGCAGUUGCAGAUUAAAGGCCUGUGAGCACUG